GUCAGUUUUGCUUGGAUCACGGCUUGGACAAAAUGGGACUUUUGUGAGAUAUUUUGAUCGCCGAGCGUGUUGUGGUCCACGAUGUACAUGUACAAAGAAGGUAAAAACUACUCCUCAUCAAGUGUGGGUGUUGAUUGGAAGGGCAACAGGGAAAGUGCACCGGGCGUACUGCACUUGAUUCGCUGGACCAUCUUGCUCAGACUGUUGAGCCUUGACGGAGCUUCGGGGUGGGACGGCAAGAUGGGCACCAAUGCACAUGAGAUUCUCCUUGACUGUGAACCCGUUAUCGGCGAGGAUCAAGUCUCCUCUCUCCAAAUGGUUGUAGAAACCACUCUUCCUAGUUAUAUGUAUAUCUCGUCGGCGUUUUCACGAAGGGGCGAAUUUAACCUUUCACAGUCUAAACGAACAUUUGAGAAAAACGGGUGCAAACGUUCAUCCUUUUUUGAUUUGAAAGUUUACAGCUUAAGAAUGCCUGGAUAUGUGAGUUUGCGGUAUCGGUGGAAAGGAUAGUGUCUCCGCUUUUGAAAUACUUGUAAUUUGAAGAAAACGUGUUGUUUAGGUUUUCAGAAUUAAUUACGUUAGAGGAGUGGCUGUUCGUGAAAACGCAAAAAAGAUAAAUGAGCAA